CUAAGAGAUGGAAGCAGGAGGACUGAAGAAAGGAAAAUAAAAAUAUAGAAAGAUGGCAAAUACAAUCUCUAGCUCUAAUCCACAUGUCACACUGGAAGUUGGAGAAGAAUACACAUAUCCAUACCCAUCAAAUGUUUAUACCCCCAGUUUUAUUAGCUUGAAGCUUAGUGGUAGGGAAAACUAUCGUAUGUGGAAAACACAGAUGGUGUGUCUCUUAAAGAGUCAUGAUAUGUUUGGUUUCAUUGAUGGAACAUUCAUAAGCCCUGAUCAUGAAGCCAGUAGUAGUAGUGUUUCGGGGAAGGAGAAAGUGGGUGAGCAUCAGAAUCAUCAGAAGCUGUGGACACGAUCAGAUGCCCUUGUGAAGGGUUGGAUUCUUGGUUCUUUAUCUGAAGAAACACUUGGGCGUGUUUUGAAUCGUCUCUCAGAAAGACUCCAUCAUCAAGGGAGAAAUGCAGAUGAUUUCAGUGGAAUAGAUGCAUGGUUUGAACUACAGACUAUGUACGGUCCUGCUGUUUUUCCACAGCCACAACUGUCUCCUGUUGUUGAAGAUACAGUACACGAUCAAGAGAGAGCAAUCGACCUCCACAUGCUGUAUGAUAUUAGUCAAGCUGGAAUAUGGAAUUCAGUCGAAACAGUAUUGAGACGGGGAAGGGUUACAGUGAUAGACAAAAUCAGCAAUAAUGGCAACACCACACUCCAUAUAGCAGUCGGUACUUCCAAGGAGCCGGAAUUCUUAGAGAAAUUGUUGGACAGGAUACCGGAGAACACACAACUACAGGAUCUAAGAAAUUCAGACGGAAGCACGCUACUUCAUGUGGCUGCCAUUAUUGGCAACACUGAAGCUGCUGACAUCUUGGUGGCAAGAAACCCAGAGUUGUUGUUCGCAAAAGACAAGGAAGGUCAGACCCCACUAGCCUUGGCUCUUUCUAAUAUGAAUACCCAAACAGCCCGACAUCUGCUGCAACACAUCAAUGAUACUGAUGAUAGACAAAAGGAGGCUCUGUUUUCUGGCACAACUGGUGAUGACCUUCUAGUUACUCUUAUUUCCGCUAAAGAUUUUGGCUUUGCAAGAGAUCUGUUGCGGCAUUACAAAACAUUGCAUAGUGAUGCUGUGCUGAUGGCUAUAGCUCAACAUUUCCCACACGAACUCAAUAUAUUGGAACAAUAUACAGGGACUGAUGCUAGAUUAGUUGAGAGGGCCGAAUUUCUGAAAGCCUUUAUGGAUGAGAGACGUCUUCCAUGGGUUUCCAGGGUCAUAAUCAUCCCAUUCAGUCGAGUGGCUUACUUCGUCGGCUUGCUUUUCCUGAAAAUGCUUAAGAUGUUAGUGUCUCCAUUCAUUAACAAGAGAGUUCAAAUUCAUGAAGAUGCUAUGGAACUGUUGCAGAAUGUAUGUAACUUGAUAAUAAACAAAAAAAACGACUCCAGCUCUUACCAUCACUAUUACACAGAUCCGCUUCUUGAAGCCAGUAGACAAAAUGCAUACGAGUUUGUAGAAUAUAUUGUGUUUCACUUCCCUAAUGCAAUUUUAAGUGCUAACGAUGAUGGUCACAAUAUUAUUCAAUAUGCUGUGAUAAAUCGCUCAGAAAAGGUUUACAACCUCCUUUAUCAAAUGAGCGAGCAUCGGAAUAUAUAUCGAACAGUUAGAGAUUCUUCUGGGAAUAACUUGUUGCAUCUAGCUGCAAGAUUGGCACCUAACAACAAACUUAAUCUUAUAUCAGGAGCAGCUUUACAAAUACAACGUGAACUGCAAUGGUUUAAGGAAGUGGAAGGAUUCAUUUGUCCUUUAAGUGUCAUACAAAAGAACUCUUGUAACGAAACACCCCAAACCGUAUUUACUACAGAGCACAAGGACUUGGUGGUUGAGGGAGAAAAAUGGAUGAAGUCCACUGCAGAGUCCUACACAAUCACAGCUGCAUUAAUCAUCACAAUUGUGUUUGCAGCAGCAAUUACAGUGCCUGGAGGAAACAAGCAGGAAACCGGGAUACCAUUGUUUACAAACAAUGUUGCCUUCACUAUAUUCGCAAUAUCGGAUGCCAUUUCAUUAUUCGCAGCUGUUACAUCAUUGUUAAUGUUUUUGUCAAUUCUUACUGCACGUUUUGCUGAACAAGACUUUCUCUUCAAGUUGCCUACGAAGUUGAUAAUUGGUUUGGCCACCUUGUUCAUCUCAACCACAGCCAUGAUAAUAGCUUUUGCUGCUACAUUAUUCCUUGUAUUUGGCCAAAGGAACUCAAGGAUUCUUGUUGCUAUAGCUGUCUUGACAUGCCUACCAAUUACUUCUUUUGUGACACUGCAGUUCCCUCUUGUCAUAGAGUUGAUGAAUGCUACAUAUGGUCGUCGUAUUUUUGGUAAGCAAAUAGAUUAUCCUUUUUAUUAAUUUUUUUUAUUGGAUUAUAGAAUAAGGAUAGAGGUGAAAAGUGGUAAAGAAAUUGUAGUUAUUUGAUUUUUGUAGUAAUUAAGUUAUUUGAUGUAUUAAGAUGGCGAAAUAUUGAUUGGGUGAUUAAAUA